AUGCGAACCUGUGAGAACUUGCUGCGGGUGCCAGAUCGGUCUCAAGUUGUGCAACUGAUGCAAAAGUUCAGGGGGAGGGAGUUGGGCCGGUUGCGCAAAGGUGGCUUCCCUAGUCCAGUGCAGAAACUUGUGUUCAACAGAGUGAAUGGCAAAAGGCCACAGGUGCUGCCACAACAUGUUUUGGCCUCGGAGGAGAGCUACACGUUGGCGCAUGAGGAGAAUGUCCGCUUUGUCUAUGAAGCCUGGCAGCAGGUAGAGCAGCAGCUAGACGGCAGCCAGAGAGGGGAGAACGUGUGCGGCCCCGUGCAAUACGUAGAGAAAACCCCCAACCCCGGACUGAAAAACUUUGUUCCUAUCGACCUGGAGGAGUGGUGGGCACAGCAGUUUCUUGCCAAAAUUGAAAACUGCUCCUAGAAG